CUGCCUGGAAAGGAUUAUCGUCCGGGCGGGGUUAAGAUGCAGUCUGUUUCCCUCACCUAAUCAACACCCUAGCCCUGCCUCUUUUCUCUCUCAUUCUCCCUCUCUCUCGCCCUUGCCGUCCUUGCUUCAACCCGACACCCAUCUCUCGCUUUCUUUGAUUCUCUCCCUCCCUCCCUCCCCCUCUCUCUCUUAGAUUCUCUCUCUCAGGCAAUGAUCAUGGGUGAUCGAAGCUGUACAAUUGAGGGCCUGCGAAAUGGACGGAAUUAUGAUUUGGUUUGUCAUCUUCCUCAUCUUCUAUCCCAACGAUGGUUCUUUGCCGCCGUGGCUCGAUCGCAUUUUCACAAAUUCAACUUCAAACUCGAAUUCUUACAUAUCCCAAUUCUCUUCAAUCUAUUCUUACUUCUUCCCCAUCAACCUGACUUCCAUCAUCUACAAUUCCAAUUCCAGUAAAGAGAAGCGGAGUCUGGAGACUCGAGUUUCAAAUCCUGCAGCCAAAGAGAAUUGUGAUAUCUUCAAUGGGAGAUGGGUGAAUGACGAAUUAUAUCCAGAAGGAUCUUAUUUGAUCGAUGAGCAGUACAAUUCCUUUCUAAAUGGCUGGUCGGAACGAGAUUACCAGAAACUCCAUUGGCAGCUGAACGGCUGCAAUAUUCCAAGCUUGUAUCAGAUAUGGAGACUAUCCUUAAGUGCUUGUCCUCAUAUUAGCUGACAUCGUCAGAGUCCACCUUAUAUGGUCCUGAGCCUUCUUAACUGUACUUUAUACAACUCCAUCUGAUACAAAAUCAUAUAGCUUUUAUAUAUUUGGAUGACUUUAGUUCAUGGCAUUUGUCUGUUUAUUUAUGUUGUAUUAAAUUCUAUUGAGCUUUGCCUUACAAUUAUGGGUAUUACCUUAUGAAAUGUAAUUAAGAACCUAUGCCAAAUCAUAGCCUGGAAUGUAUAUUUGAACCCAUAUUAAUAAAAGCCUCUUUAAAGAGGCAUACUUUCUUUUUUAUAUGUGUAUUUCGUUUAUGCUUGAGAAAUGCUUUUAAUGAAAACAUCCCUGUUAUGAUUAAAUUCCCUGAAAACUUGUGUUAACAAUAAGUACUCGAAACCUAAUCAAAUUCAGGUUUGGGUCAUCAAAAGAUGGUUCCUGAACCUGAUACGGGUCCUAAUAGGACUCUAGCAUGCCCCGUUGACAAUUUUACUCCUAUUGAAUUAUCUUCUUCAUAAAAUAUAUUACCCUUUUCUAGAUUUGGACUACCAGCAAAUACAUGCACCUGGAGUCUACUGGUUUGAACAAUUAAAAAUAUUCAAUAGAAGUGAUUGUUGAAGUAGAGCCUACUCAUGAUGUCCCUCCAUAUUAGUGAAAGGUGGGUCGAACCUGCAAGUUUUGCAUGAUCAGAUUAUCAAAAAGAAUAUGAUACU